CUGGUCCUGCUGGCUGUCCCUCCCAGUCAGUAUAUAGGGGAUGGCUGCCGCCUCCGCUUGAGCCAGCCACCCUCCAAGCUCCGCAGCUACUCCCUCCCAAGCUUCGGCGGCCGCAGCCCACCGGCGCCAACCCCUCGCCGUCUCCACUCCGUCCGUGAGUAAAUCUACAGGAAAUGGCUGACGCUGAGGAUAUCCAGCCUCUUGUCUGUGACAAUGGAACUGGAAUGGUCAAGGCUGGGUUUGCUGGUGAUGAUGCACCAAGGGCUGUUUUCCCUAGCAUUGUUGGUCGUCCCCGCCACACUGGUGUAAUGGUUGGGAUGGGGCAGAAGGAUGCAUAUGUCGGUGAUGAGGCACAGUCGAAGAGAGGUAUUCUCACGUUGAAGUACCCAAUUGAGCAUGGUAUUGUGAGCAAUUGGGAUGAUAUGGAGAAGAUCUGGCAUCACACAUUCUAUAAUGAGCUCCGUGUUGCUCCUGAGGAGCACCCUGUGUUGCUCACUGAAGCUCCUUUGAACCCCAAAGCCAACAGGGAGAAAAUGACACAGAUUAUGUUUGAGACUUUUAAUGUCCCUGCCAUGUACGUCGCUAUUCAAGCCGUGCUUUCACUCUAUGCUAGUGGACGUACAACAGGUAUUGUUCUUGACUCUGGUGAUGGUGUGAGCCACACUGUGCCCAUUUAUGAAGGAUAUGCACUUCCACAUGCUAUCCUUCGUCUGGAUCUUGCUGGUCGUGACCUGACGGAUUCUCUUAUGAAGAUCCUCACUGAGAGAGGUUACUCAUUCACAACCUCUGCUGAGCGGGAAAUUGUGAGGGACAUCAAGGAAAAGCUUGCAUACGUGGCGCUUGAUUAUGAGCAAGAGCUGGAGACUGCCAAGAACAGCUCGUCAGUUGAGAAGAGCUAUGAGCUGCCUGAUGGCCAAGUGAUCACCAUUGGCGCAGAGAGGUUUAGGUGCCCUGAGGUCCUCUUCCAGCCAUCCAUGAUUGGAAUGGAAUCUCCUGGAAUCCACGAGACAACCUACAAUUCCAUCAUGAAGUGUGACGUUGAUAUCAGAAAGGACCUGUAUGGCAACAUUGUGCUCAGUGGAGGUUCUACGAUGUUCCCUGGCAUCGCUGAUCGUAUGAGCAAGGAGAUCACUGCCCUUGCUCCGAGCAGCAUGAAGAUUAAGGUGGUUGCUCCACCUGAGCGCAAGUACAGUGUCUGGAUCGGAGGGUCUAUCCUAGCUUCUCUCAGCACUUUCCAACAGAUGUGGAUAUCUAAGGAUGAGUAUGACGAAUCUGGCCCUGCAAUUGUUCACAGGAAGUGCUUCUGAGUUGUUUUCACAGCCCUUUCGUGUAGUCCGAUGUGUGGAUUUUUUCAUGGAGGGAGAGAUUGCAGGCUAUGUUUGUGUUGUGCAGCUAGUCGUUAUUUUGGCCACUCUUAUUUGUGGUUGCUCCAGGUAUCUGCACGCUACCUUUGUACUAUUUUGUUGCUGUGUGAUUGUGUGAGGUCACUUGUGGAACUUGGUUGGCUUAAUCGGUUGUAACUGUAAUAGCUGGUAGCUCUAUAAAUUGUUCUGGGGGUAGAGAAUUAUGUGGAUUUUUUUAAAAUAUUUUCUUGCGCAUGUGUUAUAUUGCCUUGGGUUGCCCAUCAUUUGAAAUCUA